AUGUACGUAGUAAAAAUCGCAAAUUGGCGCCAUACUAUAGACUUCACGCUAUCAGAACAUCAGAAAGUCACAUGGAUAAGCCGUUACUUGAUUCUUUCUGCUACGUCGAUCGUUAUUUCGUUAGUACCUUCCGAAGAGAUUCUUUGGAUUAGUCAAGUAGGAUUAAAGCUUAGAUCUGUCAGAAAUAAGGGGAAAGAUUAA